GCGCGGGACCCAGGAGUGUGGCGGCGCGGAGGUGCGGGAGCGACUGUCGCAGACCGAGUCUGUGCUCCACAAAUCUGGCCCGGGAGAGCUGGGUCUGGACCCGGAGAGCAGCGGGCCGCGCUUCUCUCUCGCACUCUGCGGCCAACACUAUCGUUUAGAGCUGGGGCUGGAGGAAUGGAGGGGGUCGCAACGUCCAAGAAGACUAAGCACCUUCCCCCACUCUGCCUGGACCGCGGCGGUCAGCAGCCGCCCGCGGAGAGCUGGCCUGUUUGUCCCUCUGCCCUGGGAUUCUACUGUGCCUCGAUGGGGGAGGGGAGACCCGGACUGCUGAGCCCUCCUGCCGGGUGUGAGUUUUGAAACCCUCUUUUUUGCCCCUUGGGGAGACUCUCCCCUCUGGGGAUUUGUUUCGGACCUGCUCAGGUUGCAAGAACUUGUUGACAAGUGGAAGACCGGUAGAACCCGGGCCCGGCCUGGUUCGAAUGUCUGUUUAUUUCUCACAGUGACUCCUCCUACUUAUGCGGGACCUCGUGUGUGCCCCUUAAGGGGACAAGGCUCGAUCUGCGCGCUGACAACUGGAGUUCGGGCUGCUGGAAAGCCGGGUGCGCCCUCCUGGGGGCCAGUGGCUGUAUCCAUGCUAAUUUCCUCGGUAACCUUUAAACUCCCUGGAAGAGGCCGCGACGGCGGCUGGUCACGUGAGGCGAGCCCUGGGCUGCUGGGGAAGAAUUUCCUCCGCCGGGGACCGGGACAGGGAAGGCGGGCGGCAGGGCUGGCUCUGCGCCCAGGGGACUAGGAACCUGGGAGGGCCGAGCUGAGCACGCCAGGCCUGGGGCGCCGCGCAGCGGGAACUUCCAGCCUGCGCCCGGGAAGGGGCUGGUCCCGCAGCUCCUCGCUGUGUGAGUGGAAAAAGAAAACCUCCGCCCUCACCCGAGUGCCAAGAUGCCCUCACUGCGCAGGAGAGCAGACACACCAGCCAAGAACGCAGAGCCCAAAGUUGACUGUUCUUUCUUCUCUGAGUUGUCAUCUGGCUCUGAAGAAGAUAACAAGGAAGAUAGCAUUUGGGAACCUCAGAAGAAAGUUCCCAGAAAUCGUAGACAGCCUGUUUCCAAGGGAUCCAAACGGAAGCAGGGGCCUAGGGUGAAGAAGAGCUCCCAACGGGUGGAUGACGUAUCAAAAGAUGUGGCUGUUAAGGAGGAGUUGAACAGCCCGGUGCCUAUUGUUGAUGCUGAUUUGGAAGAGAAAAAUCAUAAGUUGCAUAUGACAAAGACUCUGAAAACUACAGCGAAAAAGCAAAAAAACCCAGUUCAGAGGGCCAAAAAAAGGUUGAAAGUUGAUGAGGAAACCAGCCAAGCCAGCCCCUUCGAGGGUGGAGGCAGCAAUGUGGAGACCCCCUCAACUAGCGCGUGUGGAGAAGUGUGCAAGAAGGAGGAGAGCGAGGACAGCUUCACGUUUGAGCAGUCCCCAUUAAAGAGGAUCAGGACUGAGUCAUGUCCUCAGGGGAGGCCUGCCAGGGUUCCCGACAGCGCCAGCUAUAUUGAAGAGGAGGUGGAAAUGAACUGGAACAUAGUACAGGUUUUAUCUGAGAGAACUAAUAUUGAAUCUUGGGUUUGUGCCAAUAUCAUACGCCUCUUUAAUGAUGACAACACAAUUCCCUUCAUUGUACGCUAUCGAAAAGAGCUCAUUAAUAACCUUGAUGCUGAUUUCUUAAGAGAAGUUCGUCAAACCCUAGAUGAACUACGGGAUGUUGCAAAGAAGGUUCAUAGUAGAAUCCAGAAAAUUAAGAAGGAGGGGAAAAUGUCGGAGUGCUUGCUGCAAGCCUUGUUGAACUGUAAAACGUUUGAAGAACUAGAGCAUGUGUCUGCUCCAUAUAAAAUGGGGAGCAAGGGUACCAAAGCCCAGAGAGCAAAACAGUUGGGGCUAGAAGGAGCAGCAUGGACACUGCUGGAGAACCCGGGGCAGCUCAACCUGCUCUCUUACGUCAGGCCUGAUGUUAAAGGCCUUUCUGAGCUCAAGGAUGUCGAAAUAGGAAUACAGCAUAUUUUAGCAGACAUGAUUGCUAAAGACAAAGAUACGCUUGACUUUAUUCGGGACUUGUGUAAACACAGAUACAUUUGUAUCCAGUCAUCUCUUGCAAAAGUGUCCUCAAAAAAAGUAAAUGAGAAAGAAGUUGAUAAGUUUCAGCUUUACCAGAAUUUUUCCUGCAACAUAAAAAACAUCCACCAUCACCAGAUUCUGGCCAUUAACCGAGGAGAGAAUUUGAAGAUACUGAGAGUCAAAGUCAACAUUUCUGAUGGAGUAAAGAAUGAAUUCUGUCGGUGGUGUAUACAAAACAGGUGGAGGCCACAUGGUUUUGCACGGCCAGAGUUAAUGAAGAUUUUACAUAAUUCACUGGAUGACUCCUUUAAACGCCUCAUUGUUCCUCUCCUCUGUAGAGAGUUCAGAGCCAAACUGACAUCAGAUGCAGAGAAGCAAUCAGUAUUGAUGUUUGGACAGAAUCUCCGCCAGCUCCUUUUAACAAGUCCUGUUCCAGGCCGCACCCUCAUGGGAGUAGAUCCUGGCUACAAACAUGGAUGCAAACUAGCGAUCAUUUCUCCUACUAGUCAGAUACUUCAUACUGAUGUGGUUUAUUUGCACUGUGGACAAGGCUUCCGAGAGGCAGAGAAGAUCAAGAAGCUUUUGCUGCAUUUCAACUGCAGCACUGUGGUGAUCGGAAAUGGGACUGCCUGCCGGGAAACUGAAUCUUACUUUGCUGACCUGAUAAUGAGAAAGUACUUUGCACCACUGGAUGUUGUUUACUGCCUUAGGUGGAUAAAGCCAAAUCUGCCGUUUCUUCUGGAGAAAAUUAUAAAAUGCAUCGUCAGUGAAGCAGGGGCCUCUAUCUACAGUGUCAGCCCCGAAGCUAACAAGGAGAUGCCGGGGCUAGACCCUAACUUGAGAAGUGCAGUUUCUAUAGCAAGGCGUGUUCAAGAUCCAUUAGCUGAGCUAGUGAAAUUUGAUCCGAAGCACAUUGGAGUUGGAAUGUAUCAGCAUGAUGUAUCCCAGACAUUACUGAAGGCAACACUGGACAGCGUCGUAGAAGAAUGUGUCAGCUUUGUGGGAGUGGAUAUUAACAUCUGUUCUGAGGUUUUGUUAAGGCAUAUUGCAGGACUCAAUGCCAAGAGAGCCAAAAAUAUUAUUGAGUGGCGAGAGAAAAAUGGCCCUUUCAUCAACCGAGAACAGUUGAAGAAGGUGAAAGGGCUCGGUCCAAAAUCCUUCCAGCAGUGUGCUGGCUUUGUCAGAAUCAACCAAGAUUACAUCCGGACAUUCUGCAGUAGUCAGCAUAUUGACUCUUCAGACCAGAGCCAGGAAGCUGCCAUGGUUACGAAUGAGAACCUGGGAAAAAAGAAGAAAGCAGAUGUCACCCUCAUACCAAACCCACUGGACCAGACUUGCAUCCAUCCGGAAUCCUAUGACAUAACAGUCAGGUUUUUGUCGUUCAUUGGGGGGACACUAUGUGAGAUUGGAAAGCCUGAAAUGCAACAGAAAAUAAAUUUAUCUCUCGGAAAAGAAGGCCUAGAGAAAACUGCUGAAAGGUUACAAACGACUGCACACACCCUGCAGGUCAUCAUAGAUGGUUUGAGCCAGCCCAAAACCUAUGACAUUCGAACAGAUUUUGAUAAGCCUGACUUCAAGAGAAGCAUAGUGUGUCUGGAAGACCUGCAAGUUGGGACAGUUCUUACAGGCAAAGUGGAGAAUGCCACUCUGUUUGGGGUUUUUGUGGAUAUAGGAGUGGGGAAGGCGGGGCUGAUUCCUGUCCGAUUCAUAACAGAAGCCAAGCUGUCCAAAACAAAGAAGAGAAGAAGCCUGGGCCUGGGCCCUGGAGAGAAGGUGGAGGUGAAAGUCCUCAACGUUGACAUUCCCCAAUCUAGGAUUUCACUUGACCUCCUCCGGGUGUUGUGAGUGCCCUACUGAAGGCCAACACCAAUGUGUUCCCUCAUUUCUACAGUCUGAUGAGGAUGAGCCAGAGCUCACAGAACCUAGAGAGCAGAGGAGAGGGGCUCCUGAGUAGAAGUGUUCAUCACACUAUCCUGACUCCCACAGAAAGAGUGAUGGACGUCUUUGCGUGGCGUCCCACAGCAGCAGUCUCUGUCUUUGUAAUUCCUUGUGGACUAUACUACAGCAGGUGGCUUCACAUCCUCCUGCUAAGGUCUCCUACCUUAGACCUGGGUGGGAUGUCUUGCUUAUUUGAGAUGUGCUUAUUUGAUUGAUAUACAUUAAGACUAGCAGUCUUUAAUCCUGCCAUUUUAUUGUGGUAUUAUUAGCACUUUUGUUCAUAAUUUAUAAUUUUGUAAUCUUUAUUUUCCCUUAGCAAACCAAGUAAAAUUAUACUAGUAAAAGAUUAUCAUGUGUUUAUGACCAUCAACUGAAUCAUUUUAAUGUGUCCCUCAGCACAUACGUUUUGACCUCUACAAUAAAUGACUAGCUGGUUACUUUGG